GGGGGGGGGCAAGCCUGGUCCUGGAGAGACAGUCCUGCAGGCUUUCUGGUUAGCUUUAAAUCAGCAGUGACUAAAGACCUGGGUGGAAAGGAAACCAGAAGUGAGUGCGGCUCUCCGGGACCAGGGUCUCCCCCCACCAACCCCAAAACUCUCUCUCAGUCUGAAGACUUCUGGGUAGUCUGUUACUGCCCCACCCCCAGGCACCACAAACCAGUUUUAUCCGAUUGUGAUGAAACUUGGUGAGGACAUUCCUUGCACACUGCCCUAUCGUUUUUAUUUUUAUUUUAUUAUAUUCCUAAUUGAUGAAAACCUCAAUAAAGGUCCCAACAAAAGAAAUAAGCGUGUCUUUUCUCAUGAAACGUUGCAACUAUAAGUGGACCUCAAUGAAACUAGAGAAACGGGACUGAAUCAGGCUGGUGUUUCCGCUCCCGCACGCCCCUGGGUUCAUGACGUCACCCCCUGUUGAUGCCAAUGUAACUCUUACGCCCUCCCUUAUAUUCAGUAUUAAGGGUCAGAUCGCUCUCUGAUGAGACCAGCAUGAUGUAAAACUACCAGCCCCACUGGAGUGGAGCUUGAAUGAAUAUUAAAACUCAAACUGACAAGCACUUCACUGGAACAGAGUCACAAAAUAACGAAUAACAUCAAGUGCUAAUCUGGUGUGUUAAAGAAACGGCCUAAUCUAACAAGGGUUAAACAGUCGAAAUGGUCACUUCAUUGGUUUCGUUAUGUCCUGUCGACAGCGUUGUAUUUUAAGCAGAAAGGUAAUAACAUAACGUAAUAAAAAGCUAACAGAGUUUAUACUGCAAGUUAUCUGUAAGCACGACCCGCAGAAAGAGGCGUCCUCUUUCAGCUCUGUGCGUGUGGAAGUUCCCUGUUUAAUUCAAACGCGGAAAGGGGAAUUCAGAGGAAACGGACAGAAUUACCAAGACGAGCGAAAGAAAAGGCCGGUCCUACCGCUGUCCUAACGGGGAACGUUUCCCGAAGCGCGCAGAUCAUACAUUGUAUUCAUGCAUCGCACACAGCGUUACUACAGCAGCUACAAUCGUGUUAUCCAGCAAUUGGAUGGAAGCUGGAACCGCGGCGUCUUUUUGAAAAGCUGUGUUUCAGUAUAAUCGACUUGGAAGGCGGUCUCUACUCUAUCGUCAGUGUGAAUCUGGAUUACAUGCCGCAGGACAGUCUGCGUUACCUCAGGAGGAUGCAUAUUUUAUCCUGGGUUGGAAUUGCUUUACGUUGUCACUCUGCUAAUUGCCGUAUUGAUUCGAGCAUAAAGGGGCUGUCUUAAUAACAGAAAGGCAUUCUACCAGUGGAGCGCUUCACCCUGCCAGACUGGACAGUCUCGCUCCGGGCAUUUCAGAACGCACGCUCUCCUCGCUUUAAUUCCUGCUCCAAUACGUUUUUUUAUUAUUUUCUUUGACUCUGGGAUAUGCAAAUACGAGGAAUAGAAACUGCUUUUAUUCGACUUUUGCUGAAGUUGCUUUUGGCACAAGUGAAACUAUGAAGAAAUGGAUCUUGUGAUACUUCUUGGAGCGAUCUUUUCUAUUUGGUUACAUCCUUGCACUGGAUCCAAGCUCUUUAGUGCAGAGGAUUUUUAUGAGCCUCGAGGACAGAGGGUUUGUCGGAGGGGCACCGAGAGGCCCUGCUAUAAAAUCGCCUAUUUCCAGGACGCGUCUCGGAAGCUGAACUUCGAGGAGGCGAGCGGAGCGUGCCGGAGCGAUGGGGGAGAGCUGCUGAGCAUCGAGUCUGAGAACGAACAGAAACUCGUCGAGAAUUUCAUCCAGGAACUAAGAGCCUCCGACGGGGACUUCUGGAUUGGCUUGCGAAGGAAGCAGGGCUACCAGGACUCCACCGCCGACUGCCCCGGGAGAUACUACUGGCUGGACGGCAGCAAAGCCACGUUCAGGAAGUGGCACUGGGAUGAACCGUCCUGUGGUAAUGAAGUGUGUGUGGUGAUGUAUCACCAGCCGUCGGCCCCCCCAGGGAUCGGAGGCCUCUACAUGUUCCAGUGGAACGAUGACAACUGUGACACCAGAAACAAUUUCAUCUGCAAGUACUCUCAAGAAAAAGCCGCCUCCUCUACAUCAGCUGGGUCCUCUGCGCACACAGACGCCCCAGCAGUAUCUCUAGGACCAAAGCACCCAGCUGUCACCGUGGAGGGGGGUAAAGACAGCGUGCUGGUCACUGACUCGAAAGGCAAUGUCUUAAAUAUCGUUUACAUCAUCAUACCUACCAUCCCGCUGCUUUUACUGCUCGUGGUCACAACAGGCGUGUUUUGCUUCAAGCUUUUUGCAAGAAGGAAGGAGAGGACUGAGACCAGUAAGAAGGAGCCCCAUUUCUGGAUGUCUCCGAACAGAUGCAGCAGCCCCAGCCUGGAGGUUUACAGUGUGAUCCAGAAGCAGCGCCCUGCGGACCUCGAGGGGACGAGACCCGACAUCAAGAACACUUCAUUCCGAGCCUCCUCGGGGCACGACCUGUCAGGUGACUACGACAACAUGAGCGCCAGCAACUCGGAGCGCGGCGAGAGCGGCUUCGUCAACAACGACAUUUACGAGACGAGCAGCAGCGGCAGAAAGGAGUCCGGCUGGGUCGACAACGACAUCUAUGGCUACUGAGAGAGAGAGAGAGAGAGAGAGAGAGAGAGACUGGGGGAGAACGUGAGAGGGCUCACGCCGCUAGUGCGCUUGCUGUCUUUGUGAAAUGGGCAUGCGUUUGCUGUUAGAAAUAAUAUGCCACCAUGAAGCUAAUAAAACUGUACAGAAAAAAAACACACAACUCACAUUUAAUGGUGCUUAUAAAAACUGGCUUUAUAAAACAUAUCGUAAGCAUUUCCACAGGGCCUGUCAUGCAUUUCCAUAGAGCCUGUCAUGCAUUUCCACAUUUCCAUAGAGCCUGUCAUGCAUUUCCAUAGAGCCUGUCAUGCAUUUCCACAUUUCCAUAGAGCCUGUCAUGCAUUUCCACAGAGCCUGUCAUGCAUUUCCACAUUUCCAUAGAGCCUGUCAUGCAUUUCCACAGAGCCUGUCAUGCAUUUCCACAUUUCCAUAGAGCCUGUCAUGCAUUUCCACAGAGCCUGUCAUGCAUUUCCACAUUUCCAUAGAGCCUGUCAUGCAUUUCCACAGAGCCUGUCAUGCAUUUCCAUAGAGCCUGUCAUGCAUUUCCACAUUUCCAUAGAGCCUGUCAUGCAUUUCCACAGAGCCUGUCAUGCAUUUCCACA